GUCAUUGAUAUGGUAAAAAUACUUGUGUCUUAUCAGAUAUAUAUAGAGUGAUAGUGUUUAUUGACGCAUUAAAUCUGCUCCGAAAAAUAAAACGGAUCGACAUAAAACAUAAGAUGAAAGUUGAAACUGAAAAGUAAAAAAGAGAUGGCUAAUAAUUAUGAAACUAUUUCUGAUUCUUUGUUGGUGGCGGCCAUUGAUUUUGGUACGACCUUUUCUGGGUACGCAUUUGCCUUUAAGAGUGACUAUAAAGAAGACCCUCUGAAAAUAUCAGGGUUUACGUGGACAUUAGGUUCUCAGGCAGGACUUUCACUGAAGACCCCGACAUGUGUAUUGUUUAAUCCCAGAGGUGAUUUUGAUUCAUUUGGAGCAGAGGCUGAGGAAAAGUAUACAGCACUUGCAGAAAGUGAGGAUCAUCAAAGUUGGUACUUUUUCAGCAGGUUUAAAAUGCAGUUGUACAAAAAUCAUGAGAUACCACGUAAUCUUACAAUAGAAGAUGACCAAGGGAAACAUCUGGAAGCACUUAAGGUCAUUUCAGAGAGCAUUAACUACCUUCGGGGACAUUUAAUGGAACAAAUAGCCAAGAGAGAUAUUCCGGUAAGAAAGACGGAGAUCACAUGGGUUCUUACCGUGCCUGCUAUCUGGUCUGAUCCAGCCAAACAGUUUAUGAGGGAAGCUGCCGUCAAGGGAGGCAUCCCCAACAGCCAAUUGAUGUUGGCCUUGGAACCAGAAGCUGCUUCUAUAUACUGUAAACAUCUGCCUACAGAACGUUUAGAUUCAGGUGGAAAAUCGGCACUGGGAGCGUUCUCACCAGGCACAAAAUAUCUUAUACUAGAUGCUGGGGGUGGCACAGUUGAUAUUACUGUCCAGGAAGUACAAACUGAUGGAUCCAUUAAACAACUGUAUAUGGCAAAUGGGGGUGAUUGGGGUGGAACUAAAGUUGACCAGGCGUUUGAAGAAUAUAUGAUGGAGCUGGCAGGACCUGCGACCGUUUAUAAAUUCCGGGAUGAAGAUAAAGCUGGACACUUGGACCUCUGCAGAGAAUUCGAAAUUAAGAAGCGAAACAUCCAACCAGAUCAAACGUCGAAAGUGACAUUCAGAGUUCCUAGUACUUUAAGCGAAAUAUUUAAACGGGAGCAAGGUACAGAUUUUAAACAGUCAGUGUCUUCAUCUAAGCGAGUAACAUGGGUGGGUGACAAACUGCGUGUUGAUGCAGCUUUGGCGCAAGGAUUUUUCGAUUCAACCUGUCAACACAUUGUUCAGCAUUUGAAAGGCAUAUUUAAUGAAGAAAAAGUAAGAGGUACAAAUACAAUUCUAAUGGUUGGUGGGUUUUCCGAUUCUCCCAUGCUUCGAAAAGCUGUGGAAGUAAGCUUUCCAGAUAAAAAUAUAAUUAUUCCACACGAGGCUGGUUUAGCAGUAUUGAAAGGAGCAGUUCAAUACGGUUACGAACCAAGAAUUAUAUCUACGCGGGUUUGUAAGUUUACAUAUGGAGUUCGAACAAACUCCAGGUUCAAGGAAGGUAUUGAUCCCGAAAGCAAAAGAAAAAUGGUAGAUGGAAAAGCCAGGUGUAAAGAUUCUUUCAGCAAACAUGUAGAAAUUGGACAAGCUGUACAUAUCAAUGAAGCAACGGAAGAAAAAAUGUAUUAUCCGUUGUAUUCUGAUCAGACUAGAAUGCGAGUAUCAAUUUAUACAUCAACAGAUAAGAAGCCCCGGUACACAGACGAUCCCUCAUGCGCCUAUCUAGGAGAACUCACUGUACAGAUGCCAGACACCCGUAGAGGAAAGGACCGUGAGGUAUCAGUUCAGCUAACUUUUGGAGGUACAGAAAUAGAAGUUAAGGCCACGAAUACAGGAACUGGAGAUGAAACUAAAGCAAUUCUUAAUUUCCUGCGUUAGACAACCAAUACUGUGAUGUUAAAUUGGUUAAAGAAUAUUUAAGUUGUGUUGUACAUUUUUAACUAUGACAAGGAACUCGGUUGUACAUAACAAUCAUUGAACUGAAGUCAUGUCUUAAUAUUAAAUAUAUGCAUAUUGA